ACCAAACUCACAUCAACACCAAAAGCUCAUCACACUUCUUGUGGCUCCGUGGAUCUUUCUUCAGGCCUUUUCAUAACCAACAAAAAAAAAAAAUGAUGUCUUUCGUUGCUAAUUUGGUCAUCAAGAGUUUUGACCGUGCUUCCGCGGUGUAUGUUAAAGAUGUGGUGGAUAGCUCUCGAGCGACAUGUGUUGAGAGUGGUGGUGACGACGAUGACAGUGGCUAUGAUUAUGCUCCUGCUGCGUAAUUUCGAUAUUAGCUUAGACCAUUUAUGUACUAGAUAGUGUGUUGAGUCGUCUUCUUGUAGAUGAGCAAACAUGGUCUCCUAAACUGCAAUCACUUUUUGUCUCUUAAUUUUGGAAGUUAUUAGUGUAACGUAGAUUUUACUAAAUAACAUUUUUAGUU